AUGCUCAACACCGAACUUAAUCACAACACUUGUCGAACAGCCCUAAAGGCCACCGCACCUAUGAAAUCAGUCCGAUUCCAUGGCCCCCGCGACAUUCGUGUCGAAGAGAUAGACGAGCCAAUUUGUGGCAAAGGCCAGGUGAAGGCGCCGGUGACGCUGGGUCAUGAGUUCUCGGGGAUUGUCGAGGAGGUCGGCGAGGGAGUGACGCACGUCUCGAAGGGGCAGAGGGUCGUGGUCCGACCGACUAUCUACGAUGGGACCUGUCCUUCGUGUAAGGGCGGUUAUGAGCAUUGUUGUGAUAAUAUUGGGUUUAUUGGACUGUCUGGAUAUGGCGGCGGAAUGGCCAGCAAACAAGUCGCCCCAGGAGACCACUUCUACCCCAUACCGGAUAAUAUAUCGCUCGAAUCCGCGGCCUUGAUAGAACCGCUAGCAGUCGCCUGGCACGCCGUCAAUGUUUCUCCCUUCAAACCCAACCAGCACGUUUUGGUAGUAGGCGGCGGGCCCGUUGGGAUCGGCAUCGUCCAAGUCCUCAAGAUGCAGGGAGCUAAGACCAUCACGGUAGCCGAGCCGAUGGCCCGACGGCGCGAAUUCGUGCUGGAGUACGGCGCCACGCAUGCUAUUGAUCCCAAAGAGGAUGAUGUCACAGAACAGAUCAUGAAACUGACCAACGGGCUGGGUGCCCAUGUUGUCUUUGACUCGGCGGGCGUUGAGCAGGCGUUGCGCGGAGAGGUCGAUGCCUGCCGGACACAUGGCACAAUUGUGAACAUCGCGGUGUGGGAGAAGAAACCUUCCAUGCCUGUUAAUGACCUGAUGUAUAAUGAAGUGCAGUACACGGGGGCUGCACUGUAUGAUGAAAGUGCAUUCCAGAAUGUGAUCCGAUCUCUCAAUAAUGGCAUGUUGAUGCUAGGCAGUCUUUUAAUCCGUUGA